UGCCAUUAUGGUGUUCUGCUCGCCUCAGUUUAGCAAUAUGGGCCUUCUUUGGAUUCUUCCUCUUGUAUGCACUUCGUGUGAAUUUAAGUGUUGCCCUCGUGGACAUGAUAGAACCAAAUAUAAGCUUGAACAAGAACAUCUCCUCAAAUGUGUGUCCAGAGCAUUCUUCCACUUCAGGAGUUCCUCAUAACACUACGGGAAAAAGCUAUUCUUGGGAUGCUGAUAUGCAAGGCUGGAUCCUUGGCUCCUUUUUCUAUGGCUACAUCAUUACUCAGGUUCCUGGGGGAUAUCUGGCACGCCGAUUUGGGGCAAAGCUGCUGCUGGGCUUUGGCAUCUUGGGUACUGCUGUUUUCACCUUGUUCACACCGUUAGCAGCAGAUUUAGGAGCUGGAUUCCUCAUAGGCGUCAGGGUUUUGGAAGGUCUGGGCGAGGGUGUAACGUUUCCAGCCAUGCAUGCCAUGUGGUCUAAUUGGGCUCCUCCAUUAGAACGCAGUAAACUCCUUAGUAUUUCAUAUGCAGGUAAGAUUUCAUACAUAUUUUUAGAUUUGAUCCUGGUUGACU